AUCAAAAUGUCUGCAACCGUGUUACAUUUCGGGGACAUUGUUUCCUUGUAUGCAGAGGGAAGUGUCUGUGGUUUUAUUUCAACGCUCGGGUUGGUAGACAACAGAUGUGUGGUACAGCCAGAGGCUGGUGACCUUACUAAUCCUCCAAAGAAGUUCAGAGACUGCCUGUUCAAGAUAUGUCCUAUGAACCGGUAUUCUGCUCAGAACCAGUUCUGGACCGCUCAACGUACCGGAGGUACAAAUCUCACCAGUGCUCCAGAUACAGUUCUGUUGAAAAAACUCCAUCAUGCUGCAGAAUUGGAGAAAAAACAGAAUGAGGCCGAAAACAAGAAACAGCUGGGAUCAGAAAUUCAGUAUGGCAAUGUAAUCCAGUUACUCCAUCUAAAGAGUAACAAGUACUUGACUGUAAACAAGCGCCUACCUGCCUUACUAGAGAAGAAUGCCAUGCGAGUGACAUUGGAUACGGCAGGAAAUGAAGGUUCCUGGUUCUAUAUCAUGCCGUUUUACAAGCUUCGACAGGCAGGGGAUCCGGUGGUGGUAGGGGACAAGGUGGUGCUCAACCCAGUCAAUGCUGGACAGCCUCUUCAUGCCAGUACCUACGAACUUAUCGACAAGCCAGGCUGUAAGGAGGUGAACUCUGUAAAUACAGCAAGCCCAGCAUGCUGGAAGAUGACAUUGUUUAUGGACUAUCGAGAAAACAAAGAAGAGGUUCUUAAAGGGGGUGAUGUGGUACGGUUGUUUCAUGCUGAGGAACAGAUGUUUCUGACGUGUGACGAGUAUAAAAGGCAGCAAUUUGUGUUCCUUAGGAUCACCGCCCGACAGACUGCCACCACAGCAACUAGCUCCAAGGCAUUGUGGGAAAUAGAGGUGGUACAACAUGACCCUUGUCGUGGGGGAGCUGGUCAGUGGAUGAGUUUGUAUAGAUUUAAACAUCUUGCUACAGGACAGUACUUAGCUGCUGAGGUCGACAAAGAUCAAGCACCAGACACCAUGAGGAACAAACUCAGGGGUACAAACACUGCACCAGUUUUCUGUCUCGUAUCUGUACCUCAUGGCCAUGAUGUGGCCACCAUUUUUGAGCUGGAUCCCACGACAAUGACCAGAGACUCGCAUGUACCCAGGAACUCUUUUGUGCGACUGCACCAUCUGUGCACCAAUAGCUGGGUCCAUAGCACCUCCAUUCCUCUGGACAAGGAUGAAGAUAAACCCAUCAUGAAGAAGGUUGGGUGUGCCCAGAUAAAAGAAGAUCGUGAGGCUUUUGCUAUAGUACCAGUUCCACCAUCAGAAGUUAGGGACCUUGACUUUGCCAAUGAUGCUAGUCGAGUACUGGCAGACUUUGCUGUCAAGUUGGAGAAGGGCUGCAUCACACAGAAUGAAAGAAGGUUUGUAACACAGCUGUUAUCAGAUAUAUUGCAUUUCGUAACCCAACAAGAAUCUCAGAACACAGGAGGUGACCCUCUCAAAGUAGAAAUGGCAAAACCCAAGGAGUGCAGGGAGAGACAGAAGCUACUCCGAGAACAGGACAUCCUAAAACAGGUGUUCCAGAUCCUUAAGGCUCCCUUCAGUGGGCCUCAACCCCUGCUGAAGAUGGAGGAAUUAGCGGACCAGCGUCAUGCUCCCAUCCGACAGAUCUGUAAACUCUGUUACCAUAUCCUACGUCUCUCACAACAGGAUUACAGGAAAAAUCAGGAGUAUGUUGCAAAAUACUUUGCAUUUAUGCAGAAACAAAUAGGAUAUGAUGUUUUAGCAGAGGAAACUAUAACAGCUUUACUGAACAACAACAGAAAAUUGUUGGAGAAGCACAUCACCAAGCAGGAGAUUGUGACAUUCGUCAGUUUGGUCAGAAAAAACAAAAAACCCAGGUUCCUGGACUACCUGUAUGUGCUGUGUGUAUCAAAUAACCAGGCUAUAGCAGCCACCCAAUACCUCAUUUGUAACUGUCUUCUAAGUGAGGAGAACCAGGACAUCUUAAUAGAGACCAGACUAGAGAAGACUCAGAUGGAAGUGGAAAUGGAAGUAGAGAACCCAGAUGGCACGUCGGCUCCUGAACCAAUUGUCACUAUUGAGGAGGUGGAGGAGGUCAUGCUUAUUUGGGAUCUUGGCAAGAAGACCAAGAGUAUACGUGAGCUAGCAGAGACCGCAGCAGAAUCUCAGGGCCUUGGUGAGAACUCUGAGGACCAGGACAUCUUAGUGUAUUACAGACACCAAUUAGAUCUGUUUUCUCACAUGUGUCUGGACAGACAGUACAUAGCCAUCAAUGCUCUCUCUAAACAAUUGGAUAUAGAUCUGAUCCUCAGGUGUGUCUCUGAUGAGGUUCUGCCUUAUGACCUGCGUGCCUCAUUCUGUAGAUUGAUGUUACACAUGCAUGUAGAUAGGGAUCCACAGGAAAUCAUUAAACCGGUCAAGUAUGCCAGACUGUGGUCCGAGAUCCCCACGCAGAUCUCAAUCGAGGAAUAUGAUAGUACAUGGAAGUCAGAGAAUUAUGAGUCCAACAUUGGAAAAGAUCCUGAGAAGGAGAAGGUGAAACCUCGAUUCUCUCGUACCAUCCUCUUUGUAGAAGACUACCUAUUUAAUGUUGUCACCCAAGAAGGUGCCUUUGUUGACAGAAAACAAAACAAACUCACAUUUGAGGUGGUGAAUUUGGCUAAGCAACUGAUCUACUUUGGAUUUUACUCAUUCAGUAAUCUCCUCCGCCUUACCAAAACUCUUCUCAACAUCCUGGAUUUUGCACCAGAGAAGGAAAUACACGGUGUUGGUAAAGUGAGGCAACCUGUCUCCCUCAGUGACCAUGGUCCUGAUAAAGCUAUUUCCAAUGUGAUCUCCACACGAGGCAAUGGUGAUGCAGCCGAGGCUGAUACUCUUGUUAUGGACACCAAGCUAAAAAUCAUUGAAAUACUAAAGUAUUUAAUGCAUGUACGUUUGGACUACCGUUUAACUUGGAUUCUCUCCAUGUUCAAAAGUCAAAUUGAACAACAACCCUGGAUCAACAGCAGCGAUGAGGAUGAGCUCAGCCUUGACCUUGAAAGUAUAGGUCAGCAGGCGGAGGAAAUAUUUGGAGGCAGCUCUACAACAGCUGAGUUAGACUUGGAUGGUCAAGGGGGCAAGAUGUUCUUGAGAGUCCUGCUUAACCUGGUGAUGCACAACUACCCUACCCUGGUGUCUGGGGCACUACAGCUCCUUUUUAGACACUUCAGUCAGAGACAGGAAGUGUUACAGGCCUUCAAACAGGUGCAGCUGCUUGUGACAGCAGCUGAUGUGGAGAACUACAAACAGAUCAAAACAGACUUGGAAGACCUAAGGAAUUUAGUGGAGAAAUCAGAGCUCUGGGUUUACAAGUCAAAAUCUGUUGCCGAGACACCCAAACCAAAGAAAAAAGCCAACGAAUCUGGCAGUGGUGACAAGGAGGACAAAGAUGGAAAAGAGGGAAAGAAGAAGGCAAAAACACAGCCAUCGAUAUGGAAUAUAUCUAAAGAUCAAGGAUCAGCCAUAGAUCUAGAACUGGGUCCUCCUAUAGAUGAACAGGCAAGCAAAAACUACAAACGUAUCAAGGAGAUAUUACAGAGACUGACCAAGUUGUGUGUACAGAAUACAAGUGAACCUGGUGUAAGAAAAGCAAGACGACAUGAACAGCGUUUGCUGAGAAACAUGAGUGCUCACUCUGCCAUCCUUGAACUGCUCCAGAUACCGUAUGAACAGAAUGAUGAUACACGGAUGCAUGAGAUCAUGCGACUGGCUCAUGAAUUCCUGCAGAGUUUCUGUUUGGGUAACCCUCAAAAUCAGGGCCUACUGCACCAGAGUCUUGACCUCUUCCUCACCCCAGGGCUUCUGGAGGCUCGCACGAUGCAGGCGAUAUUCCAGGAUAAUCUCAACUUGUGUACCGAAGUACAGGAUCGGGUUAUUCAGCACUUUGUCCACUGUAUAGAGACGCAUGGCAGACAUGUACCAUACCUCAAGUUCCUUCAGACUCUCGUUAAGACGGAGGGAGAAUAUAUCAAGAAAUGUCAGGAUCUCGUCAUGGCAGAGCUGGUGAAUGCUGGUGAGGAAGUCCUCCUGUUUUACAAUGACCGAGCAUCAUUUGAGGCCUUCCUAGAUCUAAUGAAGUCUGAGCGAUACAGAACAGACCAGAUGAGCCCCCUUGUCUACCACAUCAACCUGGUACAGUUGCUGGCUCUCUGUACUGAGGGCAAGAAUGUGUACACAGAGAUCAAAUGUCACUCCCUCCUCCCACUUGAUGACAUUGUCAGAGUUGUCACAGACAAGGACUGUAUCCCGGAGGUGAAAAGUGCAUACAUUAACUUUCUGAAUCACUGUUAUAUUGACACGGAGGUGGAGAUGAAGGAAAUCUACACCAGCAAUCACAUGUGGACCCUGUUUGAGAACUUCCUAACAGAUAUGGGCACAGUGUCAACAGCAACCCAUGAUCGACGCCAUGCAGACACAGUGUUAGAAAGCUAUGUGACAGAAAUAGUGAUGAACGUCAUUCACACUUUCUUCAGCUCACCAUUCUCCGACCAAACAACUCACCUCCAGAACAAAUCCAGACAGCCAGUUUUUGUGCGACUGCUACAAGGGGCUUUCCGUGUGUCACACUGCAAGUGGCUUACUGGCAUACAGAAAUUCCAUGUGGAGACAUGCAUCAAAACACUGGCAGAUAUAGCUAAGAUGCGGGGGAUAGCCAUUCCAGUUGAUCUGGACAGCCAGGUGAAUCUUCUGUUUGAGAAGAAUCAGAAGACACAGAAUACGGCCAUGAGAUGGAAGACAGUGGGGCUGAUGAAGAGAGAGUCCAUUCCAUCGAUCUCUCGUGACUACCGUAACAUUAUAGAGGGUCUCCAGGAUAUUGUGGAUCUGCUGGAAGACCAGUUGCGACCUUUAGUUCAGGCAGAGUUAUCUGUCCUUGUUGAUGUUCUUCACUGCCCAGAGCAGCUUUUCCCUCCAGGUACUCAGUGUGAAAUUGGAGGAUUCAUAUCGAGACUGAUAAAGCACACCGAGUGUCUACUGGAAGAAAAAGAGGACAAGUUGUGUAUCAAGGUGCUGCAGACUCUUCGGGAGAUGAUGACUAUUGACAAUGAAUACGGAGACAAGGUGGAUGUGAAGGCUUUGGGUAAAAAGGAUCUUGAUGACCACAGAAGGGGGGAAGCUCUGAGGCACUGUCUAUUGACACGUUACUAUGGCAAAGUGAUACCACGUCUGCCGCGAGAUGGUGGCCACAAGGCCCAGCAGGGUCGAUCCUCAAGUGACAACUCAAAGACGGCUGCAGGAAGUGAAUCAAUCAACACACUACAUGAUGUACAGUGUCGUCUUGAUAAGGAGGGAGCCAGUGACCUCAUUGUGGAUCUGAUCAUCAAGGACACCAGUAACAAAAUCUUCUUGGAAACUGUUGAGCUAGGCAAAGCAUUGUUGGAAGGAGGAAAUGAAGAAAUUCAGAAAUCUAUUUACACAAGACUGAUAUCAGACAAACAAUCUGAGGUAUUCUUCAAAGUCUUCUACACCAAAAUGUUCAAUGCCCAGGAGGAGAUUAAGGCCACCCAAACAGUCAACACUGGUGAGGGGGACAAACACUUGACAGAACAUAAAGACACCCAGCCUCAUGAACAGCUCAACCACAGUAAACCAAGCCGUAAUGGAGAAGGCCGUCUACAGAAGAAUGCAUCAGAGAACGGUCAGUGGAAACUAUCUGGGAAGGGCAGGAUAGUGAAGGGUGUACCACUCAGACAUGGUCGUGAGUAUGACAGUGAUGAAGGGACAAGGUCAGGUCAUGGCCCUACAGAGGAAGUGGCAGACAAGCCUAACAAAAAUAAGGAUGAGAAAAAACUCGCACCACAUGUGGUACUGAUGAAACCAAUUCUUCGAUUCCUGCAGCUUCUCUGUGAGAACCAUAAUCAUGAUCUACAAAACUAUCUUAGGCACCAAGCCAACAAUAAGACGCCAUACAACUUGGUCUGUGAGACACUUCAGUUCCUUGACUGUAUCUGUGGUAGCACCACCGGGGGUCUAGGGCUGCUGGGACUCUACAUCAAUGAGAAUAAUGUUGGACUCAUCAACCAGGCUCUCACUACACUCACAGAAUACUGUCAGGGGCCCUGUCACAUAAAUCAGAAUGCCAUAGCAAUGCAUGAGAGUAAUGGAAUAGACAUCAUCAUUGACUUGCUCCUCAAUGAUAUCAACCCUCUCGGCAAGAACCGCAUGGAUCUGGUGUUAGAACUUAAGAACAAUGCUUCCAAACUAUUGCUUGCGGUUAUGGAAAGUCGCCAUGAUAGUGAAAACGCAGAAAGAAUCCUGUAUAACAUGAACUGUAAACAGUUGGUAGAAGCUUUGGGACAUGUCUUUAAGCAGGCUUUAGACAGAGGAAUUAUUGAUUUACGAAAGGUGGAGAACUGUAAAAAUGCAUUCCAUAAAGAGGCAACUAUAGAUGAUGAUGAUGAAGAGGAAGAGGACAGUGGAAUUGAAGCCUCACCUAAAGCUGUGGGCCACAACAUCUACAUCCUAGCUACACAGCUGUCACAACACAAAGAGGAGCUGGCAAACCUGUUGAAGCCCAGUGAUGAUGACUUAUGGGGAGACCAAGCACUCAAGUUCUAUGAAAAACAUACAGCACAGAUAGAGAUUGUGAGGGAGAACAGAACGAUGGAACAGAUUGUGUUUCCGAUACCAGAGAUCUGUGAAUACCUAACAGAAGAAACAAAGACAAGGAUCUACAACUGUGCAGAGAUGGACGAACAGGGGUCAAAGGUUGUGGACUUUUUUGAAAGACAUGAGGAUCUUUUUGCUGAGAUGAGAUGGCAGAAGAAACUCCGAGCCAAUCCAUACCUGUCGUGGUUCAGCAGUCACAUGUCUCUUUGGAGCAGCAUUACUUUUAACUUUGCCGUCCUUAUCAACUUCCUGGUGGCCUGCUUCUACCCCUUCAGUGAUGAACGAGAUGAGCUUGACCCUCGUCUGUCGGGCCUGGUGUGGACUGCCAUGUUUGGAUCCCUUGCUUUAGUGAUCAGUGUUGGAGUGUACCCAUCAGCUAUUAGAACUUUCAUAGCCUCUAUCAUUCUUCGGUUUAUAUUCUCUGUUGGACUUGAACCCACCUUGUGGCUAUUAGGUGCCUUAAAUGUGAUAAAUAAAGGAAUAUUUUUGAUAAGUUUGAUGGGAAACAAUGGAACUUUCACAAAACCACCUUCUCAGGUGCUGAGGGAUUUUCAGUUUGUGUAUAAUGUUGGAUAUCUCAUAUUAUGUGUCCUUGGACUGUGUGUACAUGAGUUCUUCUACAGCUUCUUGUUGCUAGAUCUAGUGUACAGAGAGGAAACCCUGCUGAAUGUUAUCAAGUCUGUGACGAGGAAUGGUCGUUCCAUUGUCCUCACCGCCGUCCUUGCUGUCAUACUCAUCUACCUCUUCUCCAUCAUUGGAUUUAUCUUCUUCAAGGAUGACUUUCUCAUGGAAGUGGAGAGGAUUGACCCUCCUCAAAUCAUCAAUUUGACAGACAUAAAUAAUACAGUGAAUGCUUCGUGUGAGGCUCAUGGAAACUGCAGUAUCUCCGACAAAGUAGCCCACUACUUGAAUCCUGCCCAAGUGGUGUCAGAAGAGGAAUCUAGUGAGAAACAGCGUGUGUGUGACUCUCUCAUCAUGUGCAUUCUCACUACUCUGAAUGAAGGACUGAGAAACGGAGGUGGCAUAGGUGAUGUACUUCGUAAACCUGAUACCAGGGAGCCCUUGUUUAUAGCCAGAGUUGUGUAUGACAUGCUGUUCUUUUUCAUCGUCAUCAUUAUUGUCCUCAACCUCAUCUUUGGUGUCAUCAUCGACACAUUUGCUGACUUGAGGAGUGAAAAACAGAACAAAGAACAAACAUUAAAAAAUACAUGUUUUAUAUGUGGUUUAAAUCGUGUUGCAUUCGACAACAAGGAUGUAUCUUUUGAUGAACACAAGUCAAAAGAGCACAAUAUGUGGCACUAUCUCAACUUCAUAGUCUUGGUGAAGGUGAAAGAUCGCACCGAGUUUACGGGGCCGGAAAGUUACGUCCACUCCAUGAUAAAGGAGAAAAAUCUGGAAUGGUUCCCAAGGAUGCGAGCCAUGUCACUUCAGGCAGAAGAAAGCGAUGGAGAACAAAACGAAUUACGAAACCUGCAGGCGCAGCUGGACUGUGCCAACACUCUAAUUAAAAACCUUUCCAAACAGCUGAGUGAGCUCAAAGACCAGAUGACUGAACAGAGGAAACAGAAACAGCGGAAAGGUUUUCUCCAUUCGACCACUGUACCUAACAUAAUGAACCCCAACUCCACCUACUGAACAUUGCAUGAACCUGAACUCCCCAUGUGCUGGGUGAACCAUUAGCUCGUUAUAUGUUCUUGUUUCCAUAGAAACACUGUCCUGAAUGAAUUGAGUCUCAAUGAACAAAAUAAUAUUAUGUAUUAAUGUAGUUGCUUUAGUUUAAAAAAAGACUGGUAUCAAAAUUGUAUCAAAUUCCAUGAUUUGUUUUCGAAUGAGACUGUAAUCAUUAUGAAAUUGGCUGAAAAAAUAACGGAUUGUUUUCCUUUUUUUAUUAUACAUUUUUAUAGUAGCUAUAUAUUUAAAAUAAAAAAAGGUCAUAAUUGUGUCAAUACCGAAGGGUAAUGGAGUAUGGAUAUAUGUGAUUUUCCACAUUGGUUUGCUAUGUAUUCAAAUAGAAGCUUUAAGCAGGUGCUGUGUAAACAUUUAUGGUCCUGAUUGAGUCAAAGAGAUGAUACCAGUAGCUGUAAAAAUGAUUAACAGUUCAUACUGGAUUGGACUGAGGUUUAUUAAAGAUUCAGGAAUAUCCUCUCUUGGAUUGAAUUUUUGGUUUUCUUGAUAUUGUUAAAUCACUCUUAAAAUAGUCAUGGAAAGAGAGCUGUAAAUUUUCUAUUAAUUCUUUGUAUUUUUGUAAUGUUGCCUCAAAUCAAAUCGUUGGCACAUCAAGACCAAAUAUUUGCUAACUUUUAAAUCAGUCUUUUCUUCUGAAUCAUUCCUAGGCAGCUACAAGUCAAGUUUUUUUAUUUUCAAUGUAUGUACUAUUUUCUCCUUCUGACAUUGUACAAUAUUAAGUUCUGUAAAGCUGUUUGACCUAGAUGAAUUUAAUUGGAGAAAGUUUGUAAUAUGACAGGUUUUCUGUUCAAUUUCAAAAUACAAUAUGUACAAUCAAUUUGUAACAUCAGUAAUGGAUUGUGUGCGGAUGGUAAAACCUAUAAAACCUUAUAUUAUGUUGCAAUAUACAACUGAUAGAGAUAUACAUAAUCAUGGAAUACAAAAAAUAAAAACCAAAAAAAAAAAUUAUUUUGAAACUUUUUUCACUCAUAUUUUUCAUCACAAUCUCAAAACUACAACCCAUUUUUAUUUUUUUGUUUGUUUUUUUUUUUUUGGUUUGUUUUUCUUUCUCUUUUCUUUUCUAUCAAAAUGAGUUUAUUGUUCAUGAAAAUUGAAAUUUCCUAUUAUCAAAUGCAUUUGUUUUACUUAUUUAAAGCUUGUUAUCAUUUUAAUUGCUCCUAGACGGCAUAACAAUAUAUUAUUAUUUACAUUUUGUACUCACUGUUCAGGUCAUAGAAAAUAUGACAUAUUUGCCAAGUAUGCUAAAUAGAUAAGCGAAAGAGAAGCUUGAGUUAUAUUAGUGCCUAACUAGAUGUUGUAGUGUUUAGCAGCUUGAUGUGUUGCUCUGGGAUCAUUCAAUAUAAUUGGUCUGCUACGUGAUUUGGUUAAGUCCUAUCAUUCAUAUACCGGUACAUACAUAAAUAUUGUAUACAUACUUACAUUUUGAGUUUCCCCAUAAGAGUUAUGUAAUUAAUGUAAAUUAAUAUAUUG